AUGUCGCUCACCGACAAGGAUUAUCCUUCGUCGCCCGCCAUUCACAAUAUCCCGCUGAAUGAUCUGGAAGCUGGCUCCGGUCGCAUCAGCACGGCGUCGUCGAAAUGGUCGAACUUGUCCGAUUUCUCCCCGUCCCACCUCCUGUCGGACCCCUCACACCUCUCUGCGAGCAUAGGACACUUGUCGGAAAAUUGGCAGGAUUAUGCGCACGCGCUGUCGCGGAGACUGUUGAUAGCGCUCACUCCAAGCUAUCUGCAACAUUGGGUCGGCGGACAGCCGCCGGAACCCACCAAACUUCAUGCCAUCGCAGCGCUGGACGGCUUGCGAGGUUGGGCCUGUCUGCUCGUCUUCAAUUUCCAUUUCCUCUUCACAUACACGUGGAAAGUCGCGAUCGGCUGGGGGUUCAACGGUGAAAACUUCAGCGUCCUCCAACUCCCCAUCAUCCAUAUGCUGGUCUCCGGUCAUAUCAUGGUUGCCAUCUUCUUCGUGAUCUCCGGCUAUGUCCUCUCCUACAAGCCCCUCAAGACCAUUCGCAGCCGGUCAUUCGACCAGACCUUCACCACCCUGGCCUCUUCAACCUUCCGCCGCGGCCUGCGCCUGUACAUCCCGUCCAUUGUCGGCAUUGCCAUGGUGUUCAUCGCCGUGCGACUGGGCGUGUACAACUACUCGCACAAGGUCCUCAACGCGGGCCACACCAUCGUCGGCACCAAUGAACAACACCCGCCCAUCAUGAAGUCCUUCUUCAAACAGUUCUGGGACUGGUACUACACUGUCGUCCGGCUCAUGAACCCCUGGGACUGGGCCCUCUACUACAACAACUACAACCCCCACCUCUGGACUAUCCCCGUGGAAUUCCGCUGCUCCAUCGUGCUCUUCCUCACCAUCCUCGCAACGUCGCGCGUCCGCACCGGCAUCCGCCUCGCCCUUGUCAGCACCCUCGUCUGGUUCUGCAUGCGCUGGGGCCGCUGGGACGUGGUUCUCUUCCUGUCCGGGAUGCUCAUGGCCGAGGCCGACCUGAUCAACGGCACAUGGGAGCGCCCACCCGCCGCGGCCGAAGAGAAGCCUUGGAUCCCGCGCUACCCAUCCAAGCACCAGAUCUUCCGUUUCUCCAGCCGCAGGUUCUGGAUCGGCCUCUUCGUCCUCGGCCUGUACCUGGGCUCCGCCCCCAACGUCGGCUACAAGUGGACUCCCUUCUACAUGUGGACCUGGAAGGUCACGCCCAAGACCUACCUGGAGCCGCACCGCUUCCCGCAGACGCUCGGCGCCGUGGCAAUCGUCUACAGCAUCAACCACUCGCGCGACAUCCAGCGGCUGUUCGUGAACCCGCUCUCCCAGUAUCUCGGCAAAAUCUCCUUUGCCUUCUACAUCGUCCACGGCCCUAUCCUCCACUCGCUCGGGUACUCGCUCAUGCCCAACAUCUGGCGCAUCACCGGCAAGCAAACCGACUUCCAGUACUGUCUGGGCUUUUUCAUCGGAUGGGCCAUCUGUCUGCCGUUGUCUCUCUGGGCUGGAGAUAUCUUCUGGCGCGCCGUCGAUAUCCCCAGCGUCAAGUUUGCGCGAUGGCUCGAAGACAAAGUCAUUGUCAAGACGAUGGGCCCGGCCAACCGGGAUUCUAUUUCUAACCAACGCCAGCAAUGA